AAUUAUCAGCUUUUCGAUGUUGCUGAUGCAUCUCAUUUUAAAUUUACAUAUAGAAAGGCUUACUAAUUCUGCAGACGACCACAAAUACGCGUCGAGACCACAGCAGCAUACGUGUCGGCUUUAAACCACUUCCCGAGGUGGUGUUGAAACAUCUUCAUCACAUCACAAGGCAGCCCUGAUGGGUCACGUUGUGUGGCAGUGAAAAUCAGGAACAUCUUAGAAACAGACUAAACUUUUCCUCUUUUCAUUAGAGCACCAGCCAUGGAGGUGGAAGACAUUUACACUGGGCUACAGAAACCAGACCAGGAUGUCUAUUCUGUCAUCCCACUAGGGGAGAAACAGCCUGGAAAACACACAGUUAAAACGACUCUGAAGAAAGCCAGUCCCUGCAAGUGGGCUGCUGUGGGUUUUGCUGUGCUGUGGAUCCUUUCAUUGUCCAUCACCCUGGGUGUGCUCUUUCACAGGAAUGCAGAGCAUGCCAGCCUCUUUCAAAAGUAUUCUGACCUGCAGAAUCACCUGAAGAACUCUACAGACAUGACAGAAAACUGCACAGCUGUGUGGAAGUGGAUCCUCGGUGCUGCAGUUGAUGUGACUCUGGACCCUGAUACAGCGAACCCUUAUCUCAUCCUGUCUGAGGACAGGAAACAAGUGAGCGAUGGAGACAUGAAACAAGAACUCCCUAACAAUCCAAAGAGAUUUGAUCGUGUUGUCAGUGUCCUGGGCAGGCAGGGCUUCACCUCGGGGAGGCACUACUGGCAGGUGGAGGUGGGGGAGAAAACUCAGUGGUACUUGGGGGUAGUCAGAGCCUCCAUAAACAGGAAGGGGAUGAUUAAACUGAAUCCUAAUAACGGUUACUGGACUGUGUGGAUGAAUGGUGGAGAGUUCAAGGCUCUGGCUGACCCCUCUAUCUCCCUCCCCAUGAGUGUGAAGCCCCGGAAGGUGGGGGUCUAUCUGGAUUACGAGGAAGGGCAGGUCUCCUUUUACAAUGUGGAGAUCAGAUCUCACAUCUACACUUUCACUGAGACCUUCACCGAGAAGCUCUAUCCAUACUUCAGUCCUUCUCUUAAUACAGAUGGUAAAAACGCAGCCCCACUGAUCAUCCUCCCUGUCAGUGAUAGAGAUUGAAUAAAGAGGUGUAUCUGUAUGACAGCCUAUACCAGCACUGAUAAUCCUGUUCACUGCAUUAUUACUUCCCCACCUAUUUCUCUGUCUGACUGUAAUUGUUUUACCAAUCAGCCCUGACAGUAAUUAUGAGCUUGAUAAAACUAUAGGAACGCCCGGUUAGGGAUUACUCAGUGCGCUAAAAUUAAAUAUGUUAACUUCAGGCUUUUUUUCUGCAAUAUUAACACCAGAAUAAUAAUGAAUGCUGUCCCCUUUGUAUCAUAUGACAGUGUUCUCCACCCUGGUCCUGGGGGAACACUGCCCUGCUGGUUUUUAUUUCAAUUGCGUAAUUGAACCCUUAAUUGAACUAAUAAUAGUUUAAUUUGACUUUUAUAAAUAGCUUAUAAAAAGCUUAAGAAUUUAAGUUCAUUAUACAAUUUUAUACCUAAAGUGAAAAUCUCCAUAUGUUUAAAAUAAAAAGAUCAGAUUAGGCAAAGGAGCAGGGUUGGGAAUAUUAUUUUUGGUUAACAAAGCUACAAUUAUGCCACUUCUUUUUUUUUAUUUUUUACCCUGUUUGGUUGUUUUUAUCGAUUUAGUAAAAGCACCACGACGUGAGUGCAUGGAUCAUCAAUGAACAGUUGUUUUGCUUGUUUAUCUGUGGGCUCCCUUUUGACGUUUUCACUUUGGCAAAUUAGUAAA